AUGACUGGUUUCGGACGUGCCAAGGAGGACAGGCCCACACCGGCUGAGGUCUACAACCGGAGAGUCUAUGCCUCUGCCCUGAUCGUCUCGCUCGGCGUGAUGGCAUAUGGCUACGAUUCGGCCUUCAUCGGUACCACUAUCACGCAGUCCUCCUUCAAGCGCGACUUUGGCCUGAGCAAGAUGAGCAAGGCGCAGCAGAAUGAGGUUUCAAGCAACCUCACCAGUAUCUACUCUGCUGGAGGAUUCUUCGGUGCUUUCUUCAUGUUCUUUUCGCUGGAACUGCUCGGCCGCAAGAAGACCAUCAUCAUCUCGGACAUCAUUUUCAUCAUUGGAGCUGUCCUGUGUACGGUCCCGACUCAUCAGCUCGGGCUAGUCUACGCCGGUCGUCUCUUCACCGGACUCGGUGUUGGUGGUAUUGCUGCUGUCUGUCCCAUAUACGUCAGCGAACUUGCGCCUCCCGCCAUACGUGGUCGACUCACUGGUUUCUUUGAAUCCUUCUACCAGGUUGGCGCUGUGAUUGGCUUCUGGAUUAAUUAUGGUGUCGUCCACAACAUCCCCAAGACCUCUUCAACGGCAUGGCGUAUCCCGAUGGGUGUGCAAUUAAUCCCAGCAGCGUUGCUAGCGAUCGGGAUCCCGUUCUUGCGCGAGUCGCCUGUCUGGUUGUUGAAGAAAGAUCGCACCGAAGAGGCAUACAAAGUUUACAGCUACUAUCGCAACCUACCGGUCGACCAUCAAUACAUCCACGAGGAUGUCAUGUUUGUCAGAGGACAGAUCGAGCAUGAACGAUCUGUCUCGACUGGGGCCCGACCGACCUUUGGCGCCUUCAUCAAGGGUGCAGCAAAGGAGGCUACGCUCAAGGGCAUGCGUAACCGCUUCGCUUUGGUCUUUAUAAUGUUCAUGUGGCAAGCGUGGUCAGGCGCAGCGGCGAUUAACUAUUUGUCCGAAGACUCUCCCACGAUCUUCAACUCCAUUGGUUUGACCGAUGUCACUCUGUGGACAGGUGUCUACGGCCUCAUCAAAGCAGGUGGCUCGAUCAUCUUCUACACAUUCUUUGUGGACAGCUUUGGUCGAAAGUGGCCAUGGAUCGUGUCGUCCCUCGGUUGCGCAGUAUGCCAGUACUACCUUGCUGGGUAUAUAGCUGUCGCUCGACCUAGCGCCACCUCAUCUCCAUCGGCGAGCACGAUCGCUGGAGGAAGAGCGGCAACUGCAGCCAUCAUGGUCUUUGGCGCGACCUGGUCCUGUGGAGCUAAUGGACUUCCCUGGAUUAUUUCUGCCGAAAUAUUCCCAAGCAGCUUAAGAUCGAUAUCAGGUCCCUUCGCUGGAAUGAGCGUGUGGCUAUGGACCUUUGUAGUCACCAAGAGCUUGCCGGAGAUGUACACCAGUAUGGGCUACGGAGUCUAUGUCUUCUUUGCUACUAUGCUCGUCUGUGCCAGCAUCUAUGCCUUUUUCUUCAUCCAUGAGACCAAGGGACUCAGGAUAGAUCAGAUGGACGAGCUUUUCGGAUUCGUUAGGCCCGGUAACAACUACGCUGCGAAGGCUAUGGAGGAUGGCGAAUUCAAUGACGAUGGUUCUGAACGCAAAGCGCCUCCGGAAGCAAGAGUCGAGGCUGUCUAG